GGUUACCCUGAUCUUAUCGAUCAAGUUUUUUUUUAUUUGAGAAAAAAAAAUCUUACCCUUAAUCAAUCAAUCGAUCGAUCGAUCGAUCGAUCGUUAUCGAUCACUCAUUCAAGAUUCAUUCGAUUUUGAUCUUUUCUUUUCACAGCCAUAGAUAGUUUGAUUCUGGAAAACAAUGAAAAUGUUCACCGUAUUUACAUUGAUAAUAAUAUCGAUGGUUAUGAUAAUUCAUUGUGAUAAUCCACUCGAACCAACUGUUAUUGAUGAAUUUGAUUCAAAAUCAAUAAAUAUUAAUGAUGAUUUUGAUUAUAUGAAUGAAUUUGUUGAUGCAAAUCAAAUGCUUAGCGAUUUGGAUCAACUUUUGAAUCAAAUUAUUCAACAAAAACAACAGCAACAACGUGAAAAACAUGAAGAAAAUCCAUCAUCAAUGUUAAUGGCAAAAAAUAUGGAACAUGUUCGUUAUAAGGAUAAUAGUCCUAUACGAUCAUCAUCCGCAUCCGUAACAUCCGUGGCAAAAAACAACAUCAAAGAUGAUAAUAACAUUGGGCAAUUAUUGAACAACCUGAAUGAUUUGGAUAAAAAAUUACAGUCAACAUUUCAUGAUCUACAACAACGGCGACGUUAUGUUCUGGGCGCCAUGAUACGCCAGAUGCAAUAUACUGUACGUCGUAUACGGAUGAAUGUCACCAGGAUGCAACAACAAUUACAAUCGGUUGAUGUGGUUGUUACACAGAUGCCAUUAUUACCAAGACCAAUAUUAACCCUACCAUCACCACAACCACAAUCAUCAUCAUCGGCAAUGAAUCAAUCAACACCAGCGCCACCUGAAUUUACUGUAAAACAAAUGCAAAUUAAUAAAGAAUUAAUUAAAGAAAUUGAAGAUCGUUUAUCGAUGACAUCGAAAAAAAUUAAUGAUAUUGUUGUACGAUUAAAUCAAAGUUUAAUGGCGAAUAUUGAUAAUGCUGUUGCUGGUGCUCCUGAUAUUGGAGUUGGUGGUGUUAACAGAAACAAAAUUAUGAAUGAAAAACAAUUAGCAAAAAUUAACCCUUUACAAACAUUGAAUACGAUUAUUCGAAAGACAGCAUUUCAACCACAACAACAACAACAA